UAAGAGAAGCCAAUUCCUGGGCCAAGGUUCCUCUUCCCUUUCCUUCCAGCUCUCUUUUUGUCCUUAACUCUAGCCUGUUGCCUAACCGCCUACCACUGCUUUCGCCAGGGCCCUCAGCGAUGCCAACGUGCAAAAGCAGAUUAAGCAUAGGAUGGCUUUCAUCGAACAAGAAGCCAAUGAAAAGGCAGAAGAAAUAGAUGCAAAGGCAGAAGAAGAGUUCAACAUUGAAAAAGGUCGGCUUGUGCAAACCCAAAGACUAAAGAUUAUGGAAUACUAUGAGAAGAAAGAGAAGCAGACUGAGCAGCAGAAGAAAAUUCAGAUGUCCAAUUUGAUGAACCAAGCAAGGCUCAAAGUGCUAAGAGCAAGAGAUGACCUUAUCACAGACCUACUAAAUGAAGCAAAACAGAGACUCAGCAAGGUGGUAAAAGAUUCAACCAGGUACCAAGUGCUGCUGGAUGGACUGGUCCUCCAGGGUUUGUACCAAUUGCUGGAGCCUCGAAUGAUUGUUCGUUGUAGGAAACAAGAUUUACCUCUGGUAAAGGCUGCGGUGCAAAAGGCAAUCCCUAUGUACAAGAUUGCCACUAAAAAUGAUGGUGAUGUCCAAAUUGAUCAGGAGUCCUACCUGCCUGAGGAAAUAGCUGGUGGUGUUGAAAUCUAUAAUGGGGAACGUAAAAUAAAGGUUCCAAUACCCUAGAAAGCCGGCUGGACCUCAUAGCCCAGCAGAUGAUGCCAGAAGUACGGGGAGCAUUGUUUGGUGCAAAUGCCAACAGGAAGUUUUUGGACUAGGCCUUUGGGAGAGAGAGUCCAUCCACUGCGCUACUGCUCUGAUGUUGAAGCUUCUGAUGUUUGAAGAAACAAGAGUGUCUGUGUUGCUUCCUCUUUGCUGUCCUAAUAUUGCUCUGUAUUUAUCAGUGGAAACCCUUCUGUGUCUAAUGUCCUUGGCCUAAUUGUUAACAGUGGGAGAAUGUUUCAUUUGCUCUGAUCAGGAACCCACCCCUAGUUCAUCUC